AGGAACUCGGUGAAAUGGACAAAAGAACACGAUGUCUUGUUGGGAAAAGAGGUUAUGCUGUUCGAACUGUGGAAUUACAAAUUAGGAAGUCGUGAAAGAGGAAAUUGCCUAGACCGAAUUGCUGAAAGCCUGAAUCAGUUACAAGAGCCAUUCUUCAAUGUGUCACAAAAGUCGAUCAGAGACAGACUAAAGAUGCUGGAAAGCGACUUUAAGAGGAAGGAUCGAUUCGAGCGAAAUACAUCUGGAAUUUCGCCAGAGAAAGAUAAAUCAGAAAUCGAUAUAAUAAUGAAGGAUUACCUCGAGAGAAGAGAUAAACAAGAAAGAGAAUCGCAGAAAAUUUCCGAUAAAACAGCUAAAGAUAAAGCUUCCGCCGAAGAAAUGCGAAACAAAGCCAUGGAACGUCUUGGUGAGACAAAGAAAAGAGCAGAAGAUGAUCAACCGCGGAAAAAAAGAAAACAUACACCAAACGAAACGAUGGACCAUUUAAGAGAAGCAACGGAGAAGGAAUGUGACUUGAAGAAGGAAGAACUAGAGUUUAGAAAGAAACAAGAAGAAAGGGUAUUGGCACAACAAAACCUGAUUUUUUAACAACAGCAAGAAAUGUCCAGGCAAUUUCAAGACCAGUUGAAAAAUCAACAACAGCAGUUCCAGAUGAUGUGUCAAAUGUUUAUGCAGCAACAACAACAGCAAAGCCAAGCACUACUUGAACUCUUGAAAAAGGGACAUUGA